AUGUUUAAGAUAACUGUUUUAGUCGUAAUUUUAUUUGGUGUAUCUGAUGCAGGAAAUUUUGGAUUAUUACCAAGUUUAGAUCUAUUGAUCAAGGCACAAUUUGUCGAUUGUACCGGUGAGGAUGCCGGUAAUUUUACAUUAUGGGGCGAAUAUAACGGUGCCGUAUCAUUGGAUGUGACUACUAGUCCCGGUUGGGCCAAUCAAAUCAUAUACUACCCGUCCAAUGGUAAACGUGCAUUGAGUUCAAUGAAAAAUUUAAAGCUAACCAACACUCCCGAUGGAACUUUGACUCAUAUUGAAGGCCUACGUAUUGCUACUGACGGUCCACUUCAGGGCAAAUACCUGUACGAGAGAGCCUACUUUGUGAAGCCUAAUCUAACCAUAACGACAUCCCGAGUAACCGGUAAAACACUGGCCUCACUGCCCACACAAAAAGUACAAUUGCUUAUUGGGGAUGAUGUGGAUAUCGAUGUAUUGAAAACUGGUUCCUAUGAAGCAUACCGUUCCUCUGCUCAUACAGUUUGUGAAUCACCUAAAAAUAAAGCCUGGCUUAUGGCAUGGUUUUAAACAAC